AUGGAAACAGCAGCUGAUUUAUCAGACUUUGAUAAAGGUCAAAUCGUUAUGGCUGGGCGACUGGGAACAUCAAUAUCAGAAGAAGCGCAUUUAGUGGGCUGUCCACGGGCAGUAGUGAGCGCAUAUCGAAUGUGGUGUAUGGAUGGUGAAACGACAAUUCGCCGGCCAGCAGUGUGCCGUCGACGGCGCAUUGAUUUCAGAGAAGAACGGAGACUGCUACGCAUUGUUCACCAUGACCGAAGAGCUACAACGGCCGAAGUCAUCACCAGCUACAACAGUGGCGACCCAGACAGAAAUUGUGAACAUCCCGUGCAGCGUACAUUGCUACGUAUGGGCUUACGCAACCGGAGGCCGAAGCAGGUCUCUGCACUGACAGUACGUCAUCGCCAGCUGCAUCUGCAAUGA